UUCCUUGCCUGCUCCCUGGCUCAGUUCAUUGCCUGCUCCCCAGCUUAGUUCAUUGCCUGCUCCCCAGCUUAGUUCAUUGCCUGCUCCCCAGCUCAGUUCAUUGCCUACUCCCCAGCUCAGUUCAUUGCCUGCUCCCCAGCUCAGUUCAUUGCCUACUCCCCAGCUCAGUUCAUUACCUGCUCCCCAGCUCAGUUCAUUGCCUGCUCCCCAGCUUAGUUCAUUGCCUGCUUCCCGGCUCAGUUCAUUACCUGCUCCCCAGCUCAGUUCAUUACCUGCUCCCCAGUUCAGUUCAUUACCUGCUCCCCAGCUCAGUUCCUUGCUUGCUCCCUGGCUCAGUUCAUUGCCUACUCCCCAGCUCAGUUCAUUACCUGCUCCCCAGCUCAGUUCCUUGCCUGCUCCCUGGCUCAGUUCAUUGCCUACUCCCCAGUUCAGUUCAUUACCUGCUCCCCAGCUCAGUUCCUUGCCUGCUCCCCGGCUCAGUUCAUUACCUGCUCCCCAGCUCAGUUCAUUACCUGCUCCCCAGCUCAGUUCAUUACCUGCUCCCCAGCUCAGUUCAUUACUUGCUCCCCGGCUCAGUUCAUUACUUGCUCCCCGGCUCAGUUCAUUACCUGCUCCCCGACUCAGUUCAUUACUUGCUCCCCGGCUCAGUUCAUUACCUGCUCCCCGGCUCAGUUCAUUACUUGCUCCCCGGCUCAGUUCAUUACUUGCUCCCCGGCUCAGUUCAUUACCUGCUCCCCGGCUCAGUUCAUUACUUGCUCCCCAGCUCAGUUCAUUACUUGCUCCCCGGCUCAGUUCAUUACCUGCUCCCUUGGUUCACGGUGAUUUUGGCGAUCUGUGAGAAGUCUACCCUAAAUCGGCACGUUAGAUGA